AAACAAAAUCAAUCGCUUCCGUUACGAAUUCCCCCAAAUCCAUCCCCACCCCCGCCGGAUCGAUCGCCGCCGCCGCCAUGUCGUCGUCGGCGCCGCAGCAGCGCUACUUCUGCCACCAGUGCGACCGGGCCGUCGCCAUCGCCGCGCCGGCCUCCCGCGACGACGAGUUCUUCCCCCUCGCCAGCUUCCUCGACCUCCGCAACCCCAGCGACCUCGCCGGGGUCCUCGGCCCGCCAUCCCCCUCCGCGCCCCGCGCCUCCGCCAACCCCACCAACAACCAGUUCGACGUCACCGACUUCCUCCACGGCCACCUCGGCGGCCUCCUCUCGGGCGGCGCCACCAUCCAGAUCGUCCUCGAGGGCUCCUCCUUCCCCGGCGGCUUCGCCUCCUUCGGCGCCGGCGGCCCCGUCCCCGUCCCCGGCGGGGUCAGCCUCGGCGACUACUUCAUGGGAUCCGGCCUCGAGCAGCUCAUCCAGCAGCUCGCCGAGAACGACCCCAGCCGCUACGGCACCCCGCCCGCCGCCAAGGCCGCCGUCGCCGCCCUGCCCGAUGUCGCCGUCUCUGCCGACAUGAUGGCCGCCGACGGGGGCGCCCAGUGCGCCGUCUGUAUGGACGACUUCCUGCUCGGCGCCGCCGCCAAGCAGCUCCCCUGCAACCACGUCUUCCACAAGGACUGCAUCCUGCCAUGGCUCGAUCUCCACAGCUCCUGCCCUGUCUGCCGCCAUGAGAUGCCCACCGAUGACCCUGACUAUGAGAACCACCAGCGCCAGGCUGCUGCCGCUACCCCUGCUGCUGCUGUGGCGGCGCCUGCGUCCCCUGGUGGUGGCGGCCCUUCGCCUAGGGUCAUGGAGAGGAGGUUCAGGAUCUCCCUGCCCUGGCCUCUCAGGGCCGCUUUUGCCGCGCAGCAGGCAGAGAGCAGCGACCAGGAUGGUGCUGGCUCUGGUGACUACAACAACGAUCCAGAUGCGAGCGGUCGCUCAUAUGAUGAUCUCGACUGAAGCGCCUGCAAGGAAGAGGGGAACAGGGGGAUAAGGAGGGGCAAACGGACUGGCGGCUGGAAGAAGGAAGAGAAUCUGAAGACAAGAAGAGGAAGAAGACUUAUGUUGUUGUUGUUGAUCUGAAUUUAAUUGGAAGCUUUUUUUGGAGAUGAAGAGUGGCGCCGUCCGUCCGUCUAUUGAUUUCCCCCCUCCCCUCUUUGCCUGUCAUGGUUGUAGAAAAAAGUAGAGAUGAUAUUCUUUUGGUUGCCUGGUCUGGUCUGGUGUGGUCUGGUUGGUGGGUUGACUUGACUGAACAUAUACCUUCUUGUGGGAAGGAAGAAGAAGCUCCCUCCUUCCUAACUUGCUUGUCUGUGUUAUCAUAGUAGAAUUGUGUGUCUGUGUCGUCGAUCGAUCGAUCCAUCUUCCUUUCUCUCUUGUGGGAUUGGAAGAAAGAAAGAAGAAAGGGAACCCUAGCGAUCCGAUCCGAUCUUCUUAUAUAUAGAUACAUAAUGUGUUAUACAUGAGUCAGUGGAGUAUGUUUAAAUGGA